AUGAAUUCUGAACCAGAUUCAGAUUAUAAUUAUGAAGAUUUUGAAUACAACGAUUAUAAUUAUGAAGAUUAUAUUCUAUAUAGCGAAUUACUAUCUUCAACAAAUACUAGUUCACCAUCUCCAGCAUUAGAAAUAAAUACUAGUUCACCAUCAUCAAUAUCUGAAACAAGCACUAUUUUAACAUCAGAGACAACAAAUAUAAUUUCAUCAAAAAAGCCAUCACCUUUGUGGCAAUACUUUUAUUUUAAAUCUGACAAACCAAAUAACCUAAUUUGUGAUAAAUGUAAGUUUGAAUUUUUAGAUAAAUCUGGAAACUCAACUUUGAAAAAACAUUUAAGUAGCCAAUAUAACAUUAUAGUUCCACGAGUUAAAACUCAUCAAUCAAAGUUAAUAUUUACCUGUAAAGAUCCAUGGCCCGAAAAGCAAAAAAAAGAACGUAAUAUAGCUUUAAUUA